AUGGGUGAAACCUACGAUGGUGAAAGUCAGAGUGGAUCAGCGCCACCUGCUUCUUUGAUGAGGAGAUACGAGAGGAUAUUUCGUCUUGAUUUUGAGCAAAUCAAAGAGGAUGUCCUGAAGCUCACAUUGGGAACAGGAAACGUCGUAGUUGUAGAAUCUAGACUGCAGGAAUUACGACAACUCAAGAAAGAAUACUUCAAGGUCAGAAGUGACAUUUUAGAUAUAUUGUCAGAAGAAGAGGUAGAGGAUGAGUUGCAUGCAAAUGAGGGAUUAUCUGGUGUACAGAAGUUUGCUUAUUUGAGAUCAUCCUUGAAAGGAGCUGCUCUAAAAUCUAUAGAGGGAUUUGAAGUGACAGAAGUCAACUAUCAACAUGCAGUAAAGGUACUCUGUCAAAGACUUGGUCGCAAACGUCAGAUCGUCUCAUCACUGGUGAAGUCCAUUGUCACAGCAACCUGUAAGGAUUCUGAGAAAGCUACGUCAUUGCGCGAACUCCACGACUUGCUACAGAAUAGGGUGCGUGCCUUGGAAGCCAUGGGAUUUGACUCAACAGAUGAAAAUGUUCGAAUGCUGGUAAUUCCGCUGCUUGAAAUGAAGAUGAGUCCAGAGCUUACAGAGAAAUGGGAGUUACACACAGCAGAUAUUGAUGAUGUUGAUAUCACAGUCAAUUCAAUCUUCCAGUUCCUACAUAACCAGGUUUUGUCUAAGGAAGCAAGGGAGAGGACUUCAGGAGCAUCAGCUGGGAACAAGCCAGUUGAUAAACAGCAUGGACUGGGGAAACAGUCGAGGUAUAACCAGGGUUAUCAUACGGGUAACAAGAGCAAAGAAUUCACAGCAUCAGCACUUCUUGGCGGCACAAGGAGCAUCAGUUGCGGGUUUUGCACUAGAAGCGGACAUGAGGCUUGGGACUGUAAAGAAGCCAAGAAGAAGUCAGUCAACGAACGUUGGGAUUUAGCAAAGCGGAACAAGCUUUGUUACAACUGCCUGAGAGUAAUGAAUUUCAACCAUUCAGUUAAAUCCUGCAAUUCGCCGACUUGCCCCAUUGACGGAUGUGGAAGAAAACAUCAUCGUCUACUUCAUAAUAAAUCUCAGGAAUGCGACAAGAAGAACGUGACCAUCAGUGGAUUUGUUGCGGCAGGUCCAUCCAAAACUACUGAGGUGUUGUUACAGACUGCACAGACAACUGUGAUUACCAGGGAUGGAUCAAGAGUUCCAGUCCGAGUGUUGCUAGACCCUGGUAGCCAAAGAUCAUAUGUUAGAAAACGGAUUGUCGACUUUUUGGGGAUUACUGGUCCAAAUGAACUCUUGAGCAUUGCAACCCUAGGAGGACAGACUAGUAAAACGAAAAGUAUGCCGAGAAUCAAGCUGUCAAUUGCAGAUAUUCAAGUUGAAGUCCUGGCCAUCGAAGAGAUUUGUGCAAAACUGGGCCCGGUUUCUCAAAGAAUCUUAAGUAUUUGUCUUAAGUCAUAA